GACGUUGCUGUGGUUGGUCGCUGAGCUGCUGCUGUUAUUGUUUGGAAAGUGCAGUCGGAGAGAGAGGGGGAUGUGAGAGAGAGAGACAGACAGAGAGCAGAGAGAGUGAGGAAUGAGAGAGGGAGAGCAGGGUGAGUGAGAGAGAGAGAGAGGGGAGCGACCCGGAGCCGGAGCUGGCCUUGAGCGGACCCCAGCAGCUGCUGCCAUCGGGAUCGGGAUCGGGAGGGAGCGGCCGGGAUGAAGUUCCGUAGCGGCCGUGCUGGGGCCCAGGGGAGUGAAGGGAUCCGACUGGCGAUGGAGAGUGCACUGACGGCCCGAGACCGGGUUGGAGUCCAGGACUUUGUCCUGCUGGAGAAUUUCACCAGUGAAGCAGCUUUCAUUGAGAACCUCCGCAAACGCUUCAAAGAGAACCUCAUAUACACAUACAUUAGUUCAGUCCUGGUCUCCGUCAAUCCAUAUAACGAACUGGAGAUCUACACCAAACAGCACAUGGAGAGAUACCGAGGAGUCAAUUUCUACGAAGUCUCGCCUCACAUUUACGCUGUAUCAGACAACUCCUACCGCUCGAUGAGGUCAGAACGGAAAGACCAGUGCAUCCUGAUCUCGGGCGAGAGUGGAGCUGGGAAAACAGAAGCUUCGAAGAAGAUCCUUCAGUACUAUGCAGUGACGUGUCCAGCCAGCGUGAGGGUGGAGGAAGUGCGAGACAGGCUGCUGCAGUCGAACCCAGUGCUGGAGGCUUUUGGAAAUGCAAAAACCCUCCGCAAUGACAAUUCCAGCCGCUUUGGCAAGUAUAUGGACAUCCAGUUUGAUUUCCGGGGGGCACCAGUGGGUGGUCACAUCCUCAACUACCUGCUGGAGAAAUCCCGAGUCAUUCACCAGAGUCACGGCGAGAGGAACUUUCAUAUUUUUUACCAACUGAUCGAUGGAGGUGAUGAGGAUCUACUGAGGAGACUCGGGCUGGAACGUAAUGCCCAGAGUUACCAGUACCUAGUCAAAGGUCAUUGUGCGAAGGUCAGUUCCAUCAAUGAUAGGCACGAUUGGAAAACUGUGUACAAAGCACUGACUGUCAUCGAUUUCAGCAGCACCGACCUCGAGGAGCUGCUGAGUAUUGUGGCCAGUGUUCUGCACUUGGGCAAUUUACAGUGUUCCUCAGAUGAUGAUGGAAAUGCAGUCAUUACCGGAGAAAACCAGAUCAAACUCCUCUCGCGGCUCCUGCAGGUUCCUGGCACUGUACUGCGAGAGGCUCUCAUUCACAAGAAAAUCAGCGCUAAAGGAGAGGAGCUCAUCAGUCCCUUGAAUGUUGAACAAGCUGCCUACGCACGUGAUGCUCUUGCCAAAGCCAUCUAUGGCCGCACCUUCUCCUGGCUAGUCCUGAAGAUCAACAAGUCUCUAGCUCACAGGGACUCCACAUAUUCUGCUCGCAAUAGACCCAAUGUCAUCGGGUUACUAGAUAUUUACGGAUUUGAGGUGUUCCAACACAACAGUUUCGAGCAGUUCUGCAUCAACUACUGCAAUGAGAAGCUACAGCAAUUAUUCAUCGAACUAACCCUGAAGUCGGAGCAGGAGGAAUAUGAGGCAGAAGGAAUAGCGUGGGAGCCUGUUCAGUAUUUUAACAACAAAAUCAUCUGUGACCUGGUUGAAGAGAAGCACAAGGGGAUCAUCUCCAUCCUGGAUGAAGAAUGUUUGCGUCCUGGAGAUGCGACAGAUCUAACCUUCCUGGAGAAGCUGGAAGAGACCGUUGGGAAACACCCUCAUUUUGUAACACACAAGUUGGCAGAUCAGAAAACACGGAAGACGCUGGUGAGGGAGGAGUUCAGACUCUUGCAUUAUGCUGGGGAGGUUAAUUACAAUGUGACAGGAUUCCUGGACAAGAACAAUGAUCUCCUCUUCCGGAAUCUAAAAGAGGCAAUGUGUGAGUCUGGCAAUGGGAUUCUGCAGCAGUGCUUCGAGCGGGGAGAACUGGAUGACAAGAAGAGACCAGAAACAGCAGCAACUCAGUUCAAGACCAGCCUGGCAAAGCUCAUGGAGAUCCUCAUGUCGAAGGAACCUUCAUAUGUGCGCUGUAUCAAACCCAAUGACGCGAAGCAAUCAGGAAGGUUUGAUGAAGUUCUGAUCAGACACCAAGUCAAGUAUCUGGGUCUCCUGGAGAACCUGCGAGUGCGGAGAGCUGGGUUUGCCUAUCGGAGAAAAUAUGAAAUCUUCCUGCAAAGGUACAAAUCUCUCUGUUCGGAAACCUGGCCCAAUUGGAGAGGUCCGCCUUCCGAAGGAGUGGCGACUUUGGUGCAACAUCUUGGAUACAAACCGGAAGAUUACAAGCUGGGCAGGACAAAGAUUUUUAUCCGUUUCCCAAAGACCCUGUUUGCCACUGAAGAUGCUUUUGAGCUUCAAAAACACACGAUCGCCACUAAGAUCCAGGCAGAGUGGCGAGGAUUCCACCAACGACAGAAGUACCAAAAGAUACGAUCAUCAGCAAUCACCAUCCAGUCGUGGUGGAGAGGGGAAUUGGGCCGUAAGAUUGCCAGGCGUCGCAAAAAUGCAGCUCUGACCAUUCGCCGGUUUAUCAAGGGCUUCAUUUACAGACACAAACCACGCUGCCCAGAAAAUGAGUACUUCUUGGAUUACGUCAGAUACUCGUUCCUGAUGAAGCUGAAACGCAAUUUGCCAAAGAAUGUUCUGGACAAGUCCUGGCCUGUCCCACCCCCAGCACUCUCUGAGGCCUCCGAACUGCUCAGAGAUCUGAAUAUGCGGAACAUGGUGCAGUCCUACUGCAAGAGGAUUACUCCGGAGUGGAAACAGCAGCUGGAGCAGAAAGUGGUGGCGAGUGAAGUGUUCAAGGAUAAAAAGGACAACUAUCCCCAAAGUGUUCCCAAGCUGUUUGUUAACACCAGGAUUGCAACAAGUGAGCUCAACAGCAAAGUGCUCCAGCUCUUACAAAGUGAACAGAUCAAGUACGCUGUCGCUGUGACAAAGUACGAUCGGAAUGGUUACCGGCCGAGAGCACGGCAGCUGUUGGUGACUCCAGACAGUGCCUUGAUCAUGGAAGAAGCCAAACUCAAACAGAAGAUUGACUACGUCAAUCUGAAUGGAAUAUCGGUCAGCUCCCUGAGUGAUGGACUCUUUGUUCUCCAUGUCCCCUGUGAGGAUAACAAGCAGAAGGGUGAUGUUGUGCUCCGGAGCGACCAUGUGAUUGAGACAUUGACAAAACUGGCCAUGGCAGCUGAUAAAGCAAACCGUAUCAACAUUAACCAGGGCAGCAUUAAGUUCACAAUCAAGCAUGGGAAAGAAGGGAUCAUCGACUUCACAUCCGGAUCGGAACUGAUCAUUUCAAAAUCAAAGAACGGACACCUGUCUGUGGUGGCUCCAAGACUGAACUCCAGAUGAUGCUGCCGGUGAGGCCCAGUGACCGCCCAUUGUACAGAUGGAUGGCUUGAAGGUGUGACUGGCAGCAUCUGUAACAAAGCGAGGAGCUUGUACAUUUAUUGGUGAGGCAUUUGAGUAGGCCCACCUUGGCCCCAAUUCUCUGACCUCCUUUACACUGCUUCCCUUGACUGCCAAAGCCUCUGCUUCCACAGCAGGAACUGAAGAGUCCGAGUUAUACUUUAAUCAUGCAACAAAAAGAAAGAAAAUUUAUAUUAAAAUGGCUGUCGUGAUCAAUGACUCAGUGAGUUGAAUCACAUGACUGCCGCAGUGCAUGUGUGACAUAUAAAGCGAUAGAAUAGGUAUCGUCCCCAGAAAUUCCCUUGGUUCCAAACAGAAGCUUCUGAUCCCAUGAGCCCUCAGUAAGGAGGAGACCAUGUCCAGGAGGAGACCAUGUCCAGGAGCACCACCUUCAAGCUUAGAGGUUGCUGAGGAAAUGAACCAAGUGAUUUUUUUUUAUAUACAAUCCCGUUGUCUGGAGAUGUUUCUUUGAGUUGUUCAGGUGAUGUAGAGUUGCUGAUGGUUCCCUCACCCUCAUCAUUGUUAAAAAGCCCCUGCCCUCUGCCUAAAGGCCCAGCUUUGGGAUGGUUGCUGAGGCCAUUCCUUAAAGCUAUGUGCAGUUUCAGUGGGUGAUAACUGACACUGGUUUACUUGUCACUCUCUUGUCUGUUCCGGUGCCACAAAGUGUGAUUUAGACCUUCAACAAAAUAUAUUAAAGGAUGAAUCUCACAAUUGGAGAGCAACUGACUCAGACCAGAUCAGGAGCUUUAACCUGCCCCUGGUUUUGGCAUUAUAUUUGGUAAAUGAGCAUUUAACUUGGUGCCAUAGCGUGAUGUCCAGUAACUGCUAGCUCUUUGUAUAGUGGGACCUCCAUAAAGGAUCAGCCUAAUACUGCAGAUUCUCUCAUUCCCUGUUUACCAUCUCAGCCACCAACAGUCCAUUCUCCAGGUGUGUUCAGUGUCCCUCCCCUACCCCACCCCCAUGUUUGAAGCUAUAUUCAUUUUGAAGAAAUGGUGAGAGAUUGAACAACCGAUGAACAUGUGAAUGAGUCUUUCGACAAGGGCUGGUAAUGUAGAGAGCACAUGCCAUCAGUCUCCGUAAGCGACCGGAGAGACUUGUUUGAGGGUAUUCAGUCUUCCAUGUGAGCUGCUAAGGAGAUGUCAAUAUCAACAAAGUCCAUGGACAUGUAGCUGUGUUGGGAGGUGUGUAAACUGAGGCAGGGCUGUAGAGACAGGUUUUACUAUACAAAGCCGCCUGCUCUUGUGAUUCUGGACAAACUACACUCCCCACUGUCCACCCAACUCCGAGAAACAACUGUCAGCAUCAGAGGUUUAACAGAAACAGGAACAGAAAUCUUCACUUCAACCUGUUGUGGAACAAGAUGAGAAUUUCAAAAGUAAUUAUACUUCAAAAAAUUAAUAAAGAAGAUUGUAAUAAGCUUUAUAUAGAUGGAUAUUAUGUGAAGCCAUCUCAUUUUCAAUAAAAAUGUCUCAAUUGUU